AAUUCGUAUCACUGCAACUGUGAUCAAGUUAAAAAAUACAAUUUGGUGGGGGAAUUUCGAAUAAUUUCGUAAUUACAAUUUGUUAAAUUAAAUGUCUCUUUAAUUGACAUUUAUUAUAACAUUGGAAUAUCUGCUUCUUAUUGUUAUUACUGUACUAUAUUUAUAGCUUUAUUCACAAAAAGCGUCACAUCAUGUCGUCAAACGUUUAUUACUCUGAUAAAUAUUAUGAUGACAAGUACGAGUACAGGCAUGUUAUCAUCACAAAAGAAAUGUUAGAAAAAGUCCCUAAAGAUCAUUUGAUGUCUGAAGAUGAAUGGCGAAAAGUAGGAGUACAACAAAGUAAAGGAUGGAUACAUUAUAUGAUCCAUGACCCAGAACGUCAUAUUUUACUAUUCCGGCGUCCUUUAACUGGUCCUGCUCCAACACAAGAACAGCAAGCGAUAAAUGAUAUGUCUGAAUAAUUUCUUUGAAGCUUUAUUUUUACUGUCUAUUUUGUACAUAGAAUUUGUGUAAAUAAGUGAAACACUGUGGGUUUUUUAAACUUUGAAUAUUUUUUGUAUUCAUUUUAAGGUACAUUUUGUGUUUUUAGCAUUCCAUAACUUUUAGUAAAACUUAGUCUUGUUUAAAACUGCGAAAAAUGUAUGGAAGUUGAAUAUUUUUUGUCAAUACAUCAUUUUAUUAUUAUUAGUUUGGAUGUAUAGCAUUUGAGUUAUUUUUUUACUUUCAUACAGUGAGUUCUAAUAAUCAUGUAGCUAGCGAUUCUGUUCCAAUUUUUUAUACUAGCUUCUUUUAGUUUUGUAAAAUUUAUUAAACGUUUCCAAGAAAUUCUGUAGCAUCAAAAAUAUUUUUCAACUUCUUAUAGGAACUAAAUUGUGAUUAGAUUCGUGUGUCUUUUAAAAUACUUUUUUUAAAAACAUUUCAUUUGUCUUUUAAAACAAAAUUUUUAAAAAAAAGUUUCAUUUGUCUUUUAAAAGUCUGAUUUGUCUUUUUUUUUUACUUAAGCACUGAAUCUCAGUUGAGAUAUAUUCUCAAGCAGAAAGAUGUUUUAGAGUGGAGUGCGUAGUGGUUUUAAAAAGUGCUUAUUUUUUGUUUGUUUUUUAAAGAUGCUUUUUUUUUUAAAUUCCGGGUUUGUAAAAAUUGCUUAAUUUUUGUAUCUUUCAAAAAGAGAUUUUUUCUUUGCCAUGUUGAUUAUCAUACUACAUUACAAAAAAUUUAUGAUUUUUCAUAAUUUUCUCUGCUAUAUUUAUCAGAAACUAGUUAUUUUAUCAUGAUUAUGUAAAGUUUUUGAAUUUGAUUGAUUUUAUGUUUAUAAAUUAAGAACUUUUAAGGAUAAAAAAAAUUAUUACUGCACAGAUCCUAAUUAUGAAAUUUUUUUUUUCUUUGGAAAGUGAUUAAAAAUAUUUUUUAAGUACUUAAAAAGUGCUUAAAAUGUUCUUAUUUUUUGUUGAAAAAUCUGGCUAUGCACCCUGUGUAUAAAUUUCUUAUUGGUCUGACAAAAUAAAGGUUUCAUAUUUCUGUCAGACUACUCAAUAUAUAACCAUGUAGAGUAUAUAAUUAGAUUACUGUAAGAUUACUCAUUAAUAGCUUGAUUGCAAUGUUGUUAUUAAGUCAAAUAUAAUAUUUAUCUGUACCUAACCAUUACUUUCUGAAGCAUACUCAUGUUUAAAUAAAUUUAAUUUAAAACUUA